AUGUCGUGUGGAAAAGUUGGCAUCUUGGUAUCAAUGACGCUCCUUCUUAGUGGUAGCUUGAGCUUGUCUCCAUCCUGCAACCGACGCCAUGGGCUUUGCACUGCUCCCUGGAAGAAAUGGGGUGGAUCUUGCUACUUCAUCACCCAAAAGCCUCUGACGUACGACGAAGCCCGUGAAGCCUGCCGUAGACUGGGAGCCAAGAUGGCAGCGCCGCACUCUGACCAGGAAAACGACUUCCUGGCAAGCCUGGCCCAAGGCAGUGUGAUUUGGGUGGCUUGCACCGAUCGCAGGCAGGAGGGCGAGUGGGAGUGUGAGGGGUCUCAAGACGGUCAAGGAAUCUACACCAACUGGAAAGGUGAGCAGCCCGAUAAUUUCGGCGAAAAUGAGCACUGUGCAUUCAUGUGGUCACCAGACAAGAAGUGGAAUGACUAUCGGUGUAAUGGCGAGCAGCUGGCCGUUUGCAAACAGGAACCACGUACCCAUUGCUUCACUACUAACAGCGAAGGACGUCUUGAAGAUGAUUCUUGUCUCUAG